UCAGAAGGUUCCUGUGGCCGCAGCUAAGAAAAGCCCAGCUCCUGCAGCUGCUCAGCAGCAGCAAUCCAAGCCGGCGGCUAAGCUUCCUUCGAAGCCGCUCCCCCCAGCUCAAGCUGGUUUUUGUCUUGUUUAACAUAAGCACUAUUUAAGAUUGUGAAAACUUCAAUUAUGCUGGAAGAUUGCUGUGCGCUCCAGUGGUGACUUUUUUUUCGAUUUGCAGUACUCUCGAUUUUCAAGUAAAAGGUUGCUGCUGAAGCUCAAGUCUAUGCAGCUGCUACUGUCUUUCUUGUACCAUUUUUGGAGAGGAAGGGAAAUUUCCUGAGGUCAUGCAAGCUGCACAACCUGUUAAUGUGCCAGAUUAUCACUCUAUAGACAGAAGCUCAGCUAAAAGGACAUUACAGAUGUAACUAACACAGACUUCGAUGCAAAAAAAAGAUUAGAAAUAAUUCAGAUAGGUUGUCUUCAAUUGAGUCAGAAAGUGCAUUGGUUGGGAAUGAGCCAAAAAAUGAAGGGUUAUUGUCUGCUACAUCCUCCUCACAUGGCAAGCUGCUGAAGAUUGUAAUGCAAAAAUACAUAAGGAGCUAUCCAAAUGACUAAAAGCCUUUUUAGUGAUAGCCUCUGGAGCUUGACCCAAAGAAGUGGUUGAGCAAGGGAACUUAGUAGUAGAGGAGGCAGCUGUAGGUGAUGAUGAGAAGAAUGCCUCCGUUGUAGGUGCUCAGUCGGUGGCUGCAGUUGACAAGGCCAAAAAGGUGAUUCAGACAGGGGACAUUCAAGUGGAGGAGGCAACUGUUGGUGCUGAAGGGAAGGAUGCCUCUAUACUAGGUGUCAAGUCUGUGGCUGCUGUUGGAGGGGCUGAAGAGGUCAAAGAAGUGGUUGAGACGGGGGAAUUUGAAGUGGACAACACAACUGUAGGUGAUGAAGGGAAGGAUGCAUCUAACACAGCUAUUUCUUCCCAACUUGAUAGUGCCGAAUCUGUUGCUGCAAGGAGCAAUGAUGUGGUGGUUGACGAAGCUGUGGCCAUUGUUGGAAGAGAAAAGCUGCGGCCAUGGUUGGAGGAGAAAAGCUGCCUGCUCGGCCAGACAAUUUGCAAUCAAGCGCUAAUGAAUCAGUCACAGUUGAGCAAGAUGCAGAAAUGGUGGUGAUACCCGUGGAAUCUUCUGCAGUGGUGACAGGAGAGGAGAAAGAGAAGUUACCUGACGGUAAAGAAGUAAUGGUAGAUGAGAUUGUGAAAACCGAGAUUAAGGUGGACAUGGAGAUAUCCACUUCGGCUGCUGAGGUAACUGAAGGUGAAAAUAUUAUGGGUUCACAUGGUUUACAAUUGGAUGAUAAUGAACCUCCAAAUUCAGCUAAAGAAGAGGUGGAUAAAGAGAUAAGUAUUAGUGAGGAGACAGGUAUUGUAGGCAACGCAGCAAUGGAUGACAUAAACAAAAUGGAAGAUAGUAAGAGUGGGGUGGUGGAGGAGGAAAGUCUUCUAGCCAAUGCGGAGAUGGGUGAAAAGAAGCAAAUGGCAGCACCUGAAAAUUCUGUGCCAAAUGAUUUGGAGUUUGUUGGUCAACAGUCAGUGGUUACAGUUAGUAUUGAGCAAAAUAAGGAAAAUAUUCAAGAGGACGGGAUUCCAACUGCGGACACUGAAAUGGAGAAGAAGAUUGAGGCUGAAAUGGUGACUACUAGGGUUAGUGAUGUUGAGUCCAAUGCUAAAAUAGAUGAUUCAGUGUCUGUUCCACAAGAUGAGGAAGAUGAAGACAUGGUUGCUGAGGAGGGAUCUGCUCUGGCGGAGACGGAAUUGGAAACUCAAACAGAUGUUGGGGAGUCAAGCAAGGCUGCUGGAAAGAAGCGCAAGAGGGGGAAGAAUUCUAAAAAUUUGACUAAUUCUAAAAUUGGAGGAAGAGCUCAAAAGCUAAUGGAUGAGGAUGUUUGUUUCAUUUGCUUUGAUGGGGGGAACCUUGUGCUGUGUGACCGGCGGGGUUGCCCCAAGGCAUAUCAUCCUUCUUGUGUUAAUUGGGAUGAGGCAUUCUUCCGUGCAAAUGGUUGGCAUAUUUGUAGCACUUGUCAAAAGAAUGCCUAUUACAUGUGUCUUACCUGUCCUUUUGCCUUGUGCAAAGGAUGUGUGAAAGAUGCUGUUUUCUUAUGUGUCCAAGGAAAUAAAGGCUUUUGUGAGACAUUCAUGAGGAUUCUCAAGCUGAUUGAAGCGAUGACAAAGACACUAACAAUUGAAUUUAUGGUGGGGUUAAGAUCUGUUGCUAAUGAAGAGGAAUCUGCUGGUGCGGUUGUGCACACGAAUGGGCAUCAGAAGAACUUCUGGAAUUUGUUGUGCACAUGAAAAAUGGUGAUAAAUCUGUUCUGUCUCAAUUUGAUGUUCAGGCUCUCCUGCUUGAAUGUAUCAGACAACUUUUAUGUAGCACUGCAGUGGCUUCAGCAAUAUAUUUUGAGUCAGCCAUGCUGCUGUAUAUGUAAAUGGUAUACUUGGCUCUUUCUUUUGAACGACUACCAGACAAUUCUUGUACAAUACUCCAAUGAUUUUAUCCUUUUGAAUUA